UGGGACAGUGAAAUUUCCUCAUUGUUUUGUGCAAGAUUACUUAAAACAAGUGAGUUUGGAUAAUGAAAGAUAAGAGAAUACAGUUAUUGAUCAUUGAUUCACAUUUAAUAAAACAUUGAUGGAGUCAGAUCGCAUUGACACAAUGGAUAGCAAUAAAAACACUUCAACAGCCAAAGAAUGUCAUGAUUAUGCACAGGAUACUAAAUCCAAGCAAUACGCUCUAAAAACAUGCAUUGUAGUUAAGAACACGGGAAAUGAGGAAGAGAGUGAAAGUGUUAAAACUGAUUUUGACAAUAACAAUGCAAGCAGCCAAAACACUGAAGAAUGCAAUGCUUUGGAACGAAACAAUGAGCCAGAGAAGGAUGAAGACGAAAAAGAUUGUGAAGAUGAAGCAGAUAAUACUGAGUAUGGGUUAUUGAAGGAUUUUGCAUACAUAAGACAAGUGAUGUUUGAACCAAGCUGCACUGGCCCUUAUCGUUGGCCCUUUUGCUACUCUGAGCUAGGGGAUGAGCAGCAAUUAGAUGAUCCUGAUGACAACACCAAAAAAGGUGAUCAUGAUAAAGUUUUUGAUGAGCCUGGAUCAGUUACAGCUGAAUCUUAUGAUGAUGUUGACAAUGAUUAUGUUGAUAGUUCUCAAUUGCUCAAAGGAUGUGCUGAUAAUAUUUAUAAAAAAAAAAAUUAAUCAUUAAAAGUGUUGGCGCAGCAAAUGGGUGAUGAACUAAGAGAACAGAACGCUCGUGUCGAUUCAAUUGAAAGAAGUCUUAUUGGUGAUUUUCAGGAUGCACGAAAUGUUCUUUACCCUCGUGUGGCUAUUCGCUCUCCUAAUUUUUCUAGUAUUGACGUAACCAUUAUUUCUGAAAAGGAGGUUUCAGAUGAUCAGGAUAAGCCAAUAGAAGAAGUUAUAGUGCCAAGUAAAAACCAGCAAGUAAAGCUCAAUCCAAUAAACUAUAAUCUGUCAAGCAUUAAGGGUACAACUAAAGAAACUUCUGAAUCUGUGAACUCAGAAGACUGGUCUGUAGAUGCAAAAAUAGAAUCUUUUGAUGAUGGCUUUCAGUAUAAAGCUUUGGGUUUUGCCAAACCAAAAAGUGGUGCUAAGUACAUGAAAUUUCAUAACAGAAACAGUAAUAUGUCAAAGGAGUCAAGCUUUGAGAGAAGCCUAUCUAUGCAGGAUAAAUUCGGCAGUAAUUUGACAGAAAUGAAGCCAAAGAAGUCUUGUUAUGAGAGAAGCCAAUCUACACAGGACAAGUUCCGUAAAAACGUCUUGGAAGAAAUGAAGACCUUUCACUUGGAAUAUGAUGAAGAGACCAGUUGGAUUCGAAAGCACAUCAAAAUGCGGGAGUGUUCUUAUUUUAUACCUGAAAAUGAGAAAGGUAACCAAUGCAUGUGUGACUACAAGCAAAGUGAGCACAAUGAAUUUGCCAAGAACAAUCCAGUUGGUGCUGACAUGAAGUGGGACUACAAGAGGCAUUCCAAACAGAAGAUGACCAAUGCCUUUGGGGAGAUUGAGUUUGUUGGAUAUGGAGGAAACAUUGGCAAGUACAUCCGGGUGGACGUUGAUACUAAGAUGAAUCACAUGCUGGAGCUGAUGAUGAACGUCUGGGGGCUUGACAAACCCAACCUGCUCAUCUCAGUCACCGGGGGUGCAAAGAAUUUCCAGAUGAACAAGCGACUCCGAGACACAUUCAGGAGGGGUCUCAUGAAGACUGCUCUAACCACAGGUGCCUGGAUAGUGACAGGUGGGACCCACGCUGGCGUGAUGAAGCACGUGGGGGAGGCAGUGAAAGACUUUGGGAUUGCCUCCACCUCAAAGAACCCCAUCAUCUCCAUAGGGAUAGCGCCUUGGGGCUGCAUUCAGAACAGGGAGUCACUCAUUGAGGAAAAGAGUGAAGGUCUCUGGCCGGCCAACUAUAGGAUAGAGAAGGAACAGAAGUUCAAGGAGAGUUUCCUGGACCCCAAUCACUCCCACUUUAUCCUCGUGGACAACGCCACACAACACAAGUUUGCCAUGGAGAUUCCAUUCCGUGCUAAACUUGAGAAGGAGAUUGCUCAAAUCAAGACGGAGACUGGAGAAAAUGCCGUAUCGGUUCCCAUUGUUCUGCUGGUGUUGGAAGGGGGACCAGGCACGUUGGAGACUGUGCAUCAAGCCAUACAGAACAACACACCCUCUGUGAUUGUGAAGGGAUCCAACAGGGCAGCAGAUAUUCUCGCCUACGCAUACCUAAAUGCCAAAGAAGAAGAAAUUGAAGUCAAGGACCAAGUUGGAAAAAAGCAGAAAAAAAUGCGGCGCUAUAUGGAGGACUCAGUGGAGUUGACAGUGCGGGAGAUGGUGGAAAGGGAGUUUGGCUCCAACAAGAUCGCUAUCCACCUGGACUGGAUCAAGGAGUGCCUGGAGAAGUGUGACCUCAUCUCUGUGUUUGACCUUGACAGCAAGACAGGCGUGAAGGAGAUAGAUGUCAUUAUGCUGCAGGCUCUUCUUAAAGCCAAUAAGAACCAGGUUAUGGAUCAGCUGCGGCUAGCCCUUGCAUGGAACAGAAUUGACGUUGCCAAGAGUGAUAUCUUCACUGAUGAUAAACAAUGGCCGACAGGAAGGUUGGAUGAUGUCAUGUUCUCUGCAAUUCAGCUAAACCGUGUAGAUUUCAUAGAGCUAUUUUUAGACCAUGGGGUCAGUUUGAAAGAAUUUCUCACAAAAAAACGUCUUCUUCAACUCUACAACAGGAUACCAAACAAUUGCUUGUUGCGGUCAUUACUGACAAAGAUUAAGAACAAAGAAGACCCUACAAGAAAGAACUUUUCCCUGCUCGACGUGGGCCUCCUGAUUCAGAGCCUUAUGGGGGACACUUUUCACCCAAAUUACCUGACCAAUGAGGCGUACUCUCUCCUUAACGUGGAUUACAUACUAGACAAUGAAGCACCAGCCAAAACUGCCAAGACUGGCCUCAAAGACUUUGCCACAGUGAUGUUGAAUCCCGCAAGGAGCCCAGACCAUACAGACGGAAAACUAAAGAAGUCAGAUGAGAAGCCCAUGCCUGACUUUGAACAACCCUUCCAGGAUCUGUUCAUUUGGUCCAUCCUCAUGAUUCAACAGGACAUGGCCAAGACAUUCUGGGUGGAGGGCAAGGAUGCCAUAGCAGCUGCUCUUGUUGGAUUCAACUUACUAAAGAUGUUGAAGAACAAGACAGACGACACAGAGUUGGUCAUCACCAUUCAAGGCUGCCUUGACGAAUGGUCUGAAUUGGCGGUUGGGGUCCUCAGCGAGUGCCAUACGACAGAUGAGCACAAGGCGCAGGAUCUUCUCAUUCGUGAACUGUCCAACUGGGGGGACACGACGUGCAUGUUGAUUGCAGUGAAGGCCGAUAACAAGGAGUUCAUCUCACAGACCGCGUGUCAGUCCCUCCUCAACAGUAUCUGGCAUGGCAGGCUGGCUCAGGAGAACAGCAUAUACAGGCUUCUCGUCUGCAUGUUCUGCCCCUUCCUUAUUGUGCCCCUGCUCAAAUUCAACGUGCACAUGGACCUGUCCUCAAACCCCGACCACCCCCAGGCCCUGGAUCAAGGCUCUCUGGUCAGGGAUGGGGGCACCAGGCUCGAGCCUUCACAGAGGCCACCAAGCGCUCUCAAAGGCCAGAAACAGCAGCCUAAGCUAAACAAGAUGGAGAGUCGGUCGUCCAUGAAAUCUGAACAUAUUGUGCAAAAGACGCCAAGUACACAUGAGAUCUCACCAAGACAAACGCUGUAUUAUUUCUUUACUGCUCCUGUCAUCAUCUUCAUGUACAAUGUGCUUUCGUACAUCGUCUUCCUGAGUCUGUACACGUAUAUUCUUAUAUUCAACUUCACGCCAACAGUGUCUGCUGCUGAAAUGGUGCUCAUAGUGUGGGUGUUCACAAUCUUCAUGGAGGAAGUGCGGCAGAUAUUUCGAGAAAUUAAUACAACAAUCAAGCAUGAGGUAGUCACCAGUUCCUCGACAACCCUGUUCUCCAAACUGCAAAGCUAUAUCACGGACACAUGGAACAUCGUCGACAUAAUCACCAUAGGUCUCUUCAUAAUUGGGAUCAUUUUGCGUUUCUUACCGUACAAGAACACAUUUGAGGCUGCCCGGGUGUUCCUUGCAUUGAACUUCAUCUCAUUUUUUCUACGUCUGCUGCACAUUUUCUCGGUGCACAAAAGGCUGGGACCCAAACUGGUCAUGAUUGGAAAAAUGGUACAAGACUUGAUGUACUUCCUCGUGAUCCUGAUGGUGUUUGUUGUGUCUUACGCCAUCGCUUCCCACUCCAUCUUGUAUCCAAACUCCCCUCUGUCCUGGAGCACGGUGUCGCAGGUCAUCAGGAAGUCUUACUGGAACAUCUAUGGAGAGUUGUUCCUCGAUGAAAUUGAAGGUGAUCAGAAUUGCACGUUUGAUGAAAUGCUAUGGAGUAACGGUACCAGCCCACGGUGCCCCAGCGAUGUGGGCAAGGUCGUGGUUCCCAUCCUGAUGGGUGUCUACAUGAUGUUUGCCAACGUCCUACUUCUCAACCUUCUCAUUGCCAUGUUCAGCUACACGUUCCAGAGGGUUCAGGACAACACGGACAAACACUGGUGCUUCCAGCGGUAUUCCCUCAUCUAUGAAUACUACACCCGCCCUGUGCUUUGUCCCCCGCUGAUUUUGUUUAUCCAUAUAAUCCUGCUGUUUAAGUAUAUUGCAACCUUGCUGUGUUGCAAAACAUUGCAAAACCAGGAAGCAGACAAUGACUUUCGACGAAAGUUCAAACAUGAACGGGAGCUGGUUCAAUGGGAAAAUGUGAUAGCCGAUGCGUACCAUCAGAAACGGGAACAGAAUGAGUUCCAGAGCAUGGAAUUCAAAGUCACCUCUUCAAAUGACACGCUGAAGGCUCUCAUUAAUCGCAUAGAUGAUCUUCAGGAGCAGCAACACCAGUUUGGGCAGUUGUCAUUGACAGCAGGCCCAGCAGAGGUACGGGAUCUUGUGACGCCAUUGUCACCCACCAGCGUUGAGGUCAAACUGCCACCAAAACUGGACAGUCGACUUGCAGGCCUUGAGCAACAGAUACAGUGGAUUGUAGAGACCCUGAAAAAGAACAGCCUGGGAGCCGGUCACCUUCCUCCGACACCAGAGGAACUGAGAGAAAAAGUUUUCACUGGCUCACAACAGAAAGAAAAAAGGCGACAAGAACGCAAAGCACAGGAGGAUAGGCAGAGGAUUGAGAAGUUGUUUGAAGAGCAGUUCAGGACACACUUCCGUGCCCGAAUGUCUCCGUACCUCGGCUCAGAUGUUGUCCGCUUCUCAGUUCCAGAUGAUAAAGUGCCUUGGGGUACAAGCUACCUUGAGUACAGUCCCAGCGUGUACACAGCAGAGGAAGUGUUGAGACGGCCCCCCUGGGCUGAUCCAGACAUCAUGCGCAUGAAAUCUCAAGAUCGCUCCAGUACCAUUUCCAUGUUCAACAAAGAUGACACGGUGUUCAACGUUUGUCGUCGCAGCUUCAUGGGCGAGUACCAGGUGGUUGAUGGGCUUCCAUUGAACCCCAAAGGUCGAACGGGCCUUCAAGGGCGUGGCCUAUUGGGGCGCUGGGGACCCAACCACGCUGGGGACCCUCUUGUUACCAGGUGGAAAAUGGAUGAAGGUGGGAACAGGGUAGUUCAGGAGGGGAAGCCAGUCAUGGAGUUUGUGGCGGUCCUGCGAACGGACAAUCAGCAAUGGGCCCUUCCUGGGGCAAUAAUUUCCAAUCCAAACAUCUCGCCCAUCGACCACUUGAAGGCUGAAUUCACAGAGGAGGCUCUGGGAACCCUUGAGCAUGGGAAAUCAGAGAGACAUCUCCAUAAAAAAUUGAAGAGACUGUGGACAAAAGGAGUUAAGAUUUACGAGGGCUAUGCAGACGACCAGCGCAACACUGACAAUGCCUGGCUAGAAACACAGGUGUUCAUUUACCAUGACCAUGAUGGAAAUCUACUGAAACAUCUACAUUUAAGAGCAGGUGAAAGUGUAGAACUAGCCUCCUGGCUGACCGUGUCCAGCAAGAUCUCCAUGCACGGCAUGCAUCUGUACUUCCUGAAGUUGGCCGCAAAACAUCUUGAUGCCUACUUCUGAACGUUCUCUUUCACUUUCUAUAUGGGCUCUCUCAUGACAAGCAUCUUCAAUGUGACAGUGUUCUACAUUCCUUUUACUGUAACUAAUACAUUCUUUGAUGUGAUUCGAAUUUUAUACAUUCCACUCAAUUUACAGCUACUGGACCCUGUGUUGGGAUUUUGAAUUUCAUAAAUUACACUUACUGAACCUUUGCAGCCCAUAGGGAUAGAUUUUAUACAAGUACGAUCAAUGCAUAGGUUUGCACUGUGCCUCUUCUGUAAAUAAAAUCUGAUGAAAUUAACGGUAUCAUAGGGUACGCAAGAAAACAUGAGAACUAGUUUGGAAUCAAUUAUCUAAAUACUAUUAAUUGGUCAUAGUGUGUGCUUCAAUUCUUUAAGCCCUUCUGCAUCUUAACGAGGUCAAUGUGAGAGGACUCAAAAGACAGAACCAAAUACAUAUAUAUGUGUAUUACUAGAGUAUGCAAUACAAUAUUUGAUGGCCAAAAAAUGUCAUAUCAGCAUUUAUGCAAAGUAGGCUGAUUGGCCUGGCCAAAAUAUGUGGUGUCUUUCCUAUGAAUGUAUUAUAAGGGAGAGUUGAUACCUGUUUUUGCUGUUUUUGGAGUGUUUACAAGAUUCCAAUGUGUAAAUUGAAAUAUACAUGUACCUAUUAUUUUAAUUUGUUAUUUUUAUAUGACUGCUUUGGUACUUGUUAAUUUAUUACAAGUUUUGUUCUCCAAUAAACCAAGAACAAAUGUGUUCUAAAAAUGUGGUUAAACAUCCUUAUGGUGUAAUCCUGUACUUUUUGUUAUAGUUGUAAAUAAUUAAACAUUUCUUGAUAAAUAUGAAAUUAUACACAAAUAGUGUGCCUUCUGUUAUUUUACUGUGAUAUUUUGUAUGUUUAAGUAAAUACAAGUAAGAUUAUUAUACAUUGAUUAGUCCUUAACAUCUCUAAUACGUAAUCUCUUUGAUACCACGUGUUAGUACUUGUUCUCGCUGACAUGUUGUAUGUUGGAGAUUAAAAAUUGUACAAAUAAAGGAAAAUUGUGAAAAUAUUUCCUAUAAUUAGGCAUUGCAAACAGUGUGUUUCAGAGCUUUGUGAACAGAACAUUAAUAACAAUGUUUCACUUUUUGAUAUUGAGAAAAUAAUUAUUUACACAAUAAAAGUUUUAUUUGUAUAGUCUGUUGGAAAAACACUGUUUGUUUUUUAAGAGAAUUAUUAUUAAAGUUGGUUUUGAUUUUUCCCCAUGUUAGACCAUGUUAUGUUUAAGUAGCAUUUGUUUGUAUUUCCAUUAGAAAUAUUCCUUUUUUUUUAAAUAAAUUGUUUUAAGCAUUCAUUAAAAAAAAUCUCAUAAGAAAUACAAAUUGCUUAUGAGCAUAUUUAAGUACGACAAGCCCUUUUACUUACUUUUUUAUGCCUUAUCAAAUGAUCGGGGUAUAUUGUUUUUGGCCUGUCUGUCAUUCUGUCCCAAAACGUUUACCUUGGUUAAAGUUUUGCGAUAACUUUUGAAAUAUUGAACAUAGCAACUAGAUAUUUGGCAUACAUGUGUAUCUCAUGGAGCUGCCUAUUUUGAGAGGUGAAUGAUCAAGGUCAUCCUUCAAGGUCAAAGGUAAAAAAAAUCAAAGCAGCGCAUAAGGGGGCAUUGUGUUUCUGACAAACAUAUCUCUUGUUAUUUUAAAAUAGAUUUUGUAUUAUAGUAUUUUUGUUACAAUAAAAUUGCAUUUAUUUUAGAGAAUAGUCUCGAUGUACAUUUGUUCAAGUUUAGUUUUAAAUAUGCAAAUGUUAGUACUUAUAAAUAAAAUAAUUAUGAAACAUUACAGAACAAAUGAGUCAGCUCAUGGUAAAAAGGGUCUUAUUCCACAUUUGGCUAGCGUAACUCCAAAUCACCAUGCCCGUUUGCGCAACCUGCAGGUAAGGAGCUCUGCUGUUUGCCGUAUAGUAAGGAAAAGGUUUCAUGGUCUCCUUUAUGGACAGAGUAACAUCUGACAUCACUGCAUGGGUGUGUUGACUGGCCUGGAGGUACACUGGCCACAGUGGCACGCUACCCAUUUUUGCAUGAUGCUGCUCAUAUGAUUAUCGUUUGUUGUUGGUGCUAGGUAUAAGCUUUUGUGAUGUUAUUUAUUAUGUCCCCCACUAUAGUAGUGGGGGACAUAUUGUUUUUGCCCUGUCUGUCUGUUGGUCUGUCUGUCUGUUUGCGCCAACUUUAACAUUUUGCAAUAACUUUUGCUACAUUGAAGAUAGCAACUUCAUAUUUGGCAUGCAUGUGUAUCUCAUAAAGCUGCACAUUUUGAGUGGUGAAAGGUCAAGGUCAUCCUUCAAGGUCAGAGGUCAAAUAUAUGUGGCCAAAAUCGCUCAUUUUAUGAAUACUUUUGCAAUAUUGAAGAUAGCAACUUGAUAUUUGGCAUGCAUGUGUAUCUCAUGGAGCUGCACAUUUGGAGUGGUGAAAGGUCAAGGUCAUCCUUCAAGGUCAGAGGUCAAUUAUAUGUGACCAAAAUCGCUCAUUUUAUGAAUACUUUUGCAAUAUUGAAGAUAGCAACUUGAUAUUUGGCAUGCAUGUGCAUCUCAUGGAGCUGCUCAUUUUGAGUGGUGAAAGGUCAAGGUCAUCCUUCAAGGUCAGAGGUCAAAUAUAUGUGGCCCAAAUUGCUUAUUUUAUGAAUACUUUUGCAAUAUUGAAGAUAGCAACUUGAUAUUUGGCCUGCAUGUGUAUCUCAUGGAGAUGCACAUUUUGAGUGGUGAAAGGUCAAGGUCAAGGUCAUCCUUCACAAGGUCAAGGUCAUCCUACAAUGUCAAACAUCAUAUAGGGGGACAUUGUGUUUCACAAACACAUCUUGUUGUUAUGAUUUUUUAUGUUUAUUAUUUUAUAAUUACAAAAUUGUUAUGUAGACUUGCAAAAUAAAUGUUGUUUUUACUUUAGUGCCAAUUUUUGUACUGAGAUUUAGAUCUGUAUCUAUAUGGGUAGUGUGAAUUGUUAUUUGCCAUACUUGUACACAUUGGUGCAAAUUGUGUAAAUUUUGCUUUUUAAAAAGGAGCGGAAUAGGUUUAUUUUUUUAGCUGAACUGUUAUUUAUUUUAUUCAGACUUAUUCAAGGAUAUUUUAUCUAUUUUAAGAGUUAUCUAUUAAAUCUACAAAAGGGUUACUAAUUGUAUUUUAAUAGUUCAAUUUGGCAAUGGUACAGUACAUGUAGGAAGUCAAAUGUUGAAUGUUUUCAUUAAGUGUAAAUGUGGGAAGUCAUAGUAGAAUGUGCAGUAAUAACAUUGGAAACUCACAAAUAAUUUUAUAAUUUUUUCCACUAAUUUAUAUAUGCAAACAAUAAUCUCAAAUUAUAGGUGUCUACAAAUUAAGACACACUGGUGAAUGCAUUAAAUUUUAUGUGGUACUUCUACUGAAUAAUGUUGUUCGCAAAUUCAUGCUCUUUUUUAAUAUUACACCUUUUAUAAUGAUUAAUUUUAAAGAUGUUAGUAGUGACUUUUUAUUUAUUUUAUAUCUUUAAUAGUGUUUUACUGAAAAUAAAAACCUUUACUCAGUCAUCCAUUCAGCUAUGUGGUAUAUUAUUUAUUAAAAUUGAUUUGAUUUUAAUAUCAUUGAUUGCAUCAUAUUGCAUCAUCAAAUAUAAAAUCAUAAAUAGCCCAACAAAAACUGUUUGAUGUUUCUGUAUUUUUGAAAACAACUGAAAUAGGGACAAAAAAGGGAAAAAUGUCAUUUAAAGGGGUGAGGCAUUAAUAUAAGGGGAGCAACAUAUUUAAAAGGGGCUGGGCAUAAAAUGGAAUUCGGCACUCUGCAGCCAUUUGGCUUACCUUAAUUUCUAUUAAGUCAUUAACCAAAGGCUUAACAUAUUGACGGAAGUAUUAAAAAAAUUCCAAAUGCAUAAUUUACAUCAACAAACCCAUGCAUGUCAAGUCCUAUCAUAAUAAUCAUAAUUUCCUGUAAGCUUAGCUAGCCAGUAUUGCUAAUGAGACUAUCCAGUUUUGCAUACCAGUAUAUUAUUGGGGGAGUCAUUUUACUGAUUUAUUAUGGUUCUUUUUCACUAUGCUAUUUCUUUCAAGUGAAUUGCAGGUACUUUUUGUAAUCCUUUACAAUCAAAUAAACAUGAUACUGUAAAGAUGUUAUUUUUAUGUUAUAAAAAUUAUAGCCUCAAUUUAUAUAUUGAAAUACAUGUGUACAUAAUAAUAAUAAUAUAUUUUAUAAACUCAAAUUACAUUUCUAUUGAAAA